AGAUUAUGGAAACACCAAAUACCACAAAUAUAUCUGCUAAGAUUGCUGAGGAAAGUAUAACCUGUUGCAAUCUUCUGCAUUAUACGAAAAGUGGAACAUUGGCUUAAGUAUCACAAAGACUUUCUAAGGAGAAGUUACAACUCACAGUUACCAGAUCAGUUCACUAAUGUUAAGGAGAAUAUAAACAACGAAAUGGACAGCAUGGAUAUAAACAUUAUACGCUACGUUUUCAUUGCAUCUGCAUCGAUUAUAGUUUUACACAGAUUAUUAUAUAAGUAUAUAAAUAUUUAUUUACCUUCAGUGAUGUCAGAUGUUCUUUAUAGCAAGUAUUAUGUUACCACAACGAAGGAUGACACUGUAUUAGCAUAUUUAUAUGUGCCCAAAAGAUGGUUUAAACAUUUUUAUAUUUUUUCUGGACCUGUAUCGACUGUUACACUUUGCUUGAUUUGUUACAAAUUUUUGUUUGAUGGGAAUAUACCUGAAAUUGUAUUUGCAUUAUUGGAUAUAUCAUUAGGAACAUCGAGAAAACCUUUAAUACCAGCAGAAAAUGUAAUUCUAGCCAUUGUUAUAUUAAAUAUACAAUGUUGGAAAAGAGCUUAUGAGACAUGUUUUGUCAAUAUAUUUGGUGAUCAGAAAAUGAGUUUAGGCGUUUAUUUUAUUGGUUUUAUACAUUACACAGGAAUAUUUUUGUGUAUUGUAGGUGAAUCUAAAGGAUUUAUUAGAGAUUCACAUACAAGUUUACUCUUGUAUAAAUUAACAAUUACAGACAUAAUCUGUACACUUAUAUGUUUAUGGUCAUCAACCAUUCAACUUCAAAGCAAUUUUAUUCUAGCGGGAUUACGUAAGAAUGAAGAUGGCGAAAUCGUAACAAAAGAACAUAAGAUACCAUUUGAUGGAUUAUUUAAGUAUAUAACAAAUCCAUUACAAUUUACAGAAAUAAUUAUAUACAUAAUGUUGUCUGUGAUACUUUGGCAAGCUUCUACAUUUCAUUACAUCACUAUUUGGGUCAUAACAAACCAGUUGGUAUGUGCAGUUUUGUCUCAUGAAUGGUAUCAUAAAACUUUCAAAAAUUAUCCAAAAGAAAGAAAUAUUUUAAUUCCUUAUAUCUGGUAAGAAAUAUUGUGAAAGAAUCCAGAUAUCAUAUUAUAUACCUAUUAUUUUUUUAGAACAAUAGAUCAGUCAAUAACUGGUACACGCACACAUCCAUAUAUAUAUAUAUAUAUAUAUAUAUAUAUAUAUAUAAUUUAUUUAUUUAUUUAUUACUAUUGUGAAUGAAUAAUAUGCACAUUGAAUAAAAAACUUCAAUAAGGUUUUAUUAUUAUUAUUUUAUAGCAUAGUUAUUAAAUACAUAUUUGCAUAUAGUGGUGUUUAUCUCAUUGAAGAACAAUAGUCUUAAAUAUGGUUUUUUACACAAUAUACAAUAUAAUUAAGAUAUUGAUACAACAUUAAUAUAACAAUAUAUAAUCUUUUACCUUUUAAUUAUGAAAACUUUUCUUGAUUACCUAUUAUUCUAUACCAAAUUGCCAAAUGUUUCACAUCAUAAUGAAAAAUGUAUGAAAAUGUUUUUUUUUUCUGCACCUAUCUAGUCUAUUUGAACAAUAAGCUGAAACAGAAAUUAUUCUUCCCUGGGAUACGAAUGUAAUAAGAAUUCUUAAAAUAAUUCAAAUAUGAAGCAUGAUGAUAUUGAGAUAUAUUUUUUCAAUAUAUUUCCAAUAAUAUCAUCAUGCUCCAACAUAAAAUAUAUAUUUAUAUUAACUA